AUAAGAAUUCAGAAAACGAGACAGCUGAGGUGAAAGGGCAAAGUUUCUUGCUGGUGUGGUGUGGUUUUUUUUGGUUUUUUUUUUUUUGAGAUAAGCUCUGCCACUCUGCUUAAAUUUCUUCCUGUAAGUAUGGAAAGCUAGAAGGAGGGAUGCAAGAUAGAAAUAAGUGGAAAGUGUCAGAUGGUUAGCUUGGCCUAAAUAGCAGGAAAGGAGACUAGUAAGCCUUUCGGACGUACAAACCUUGACAGUGGUGUGUAAGGCCUUUACCUUGAUAUGUCAAGGGAACAGUGUGCUAUAAAAUUUCCACAGUAGGGUAACCUAUACAUUUAUCAAAACUUCAGCUAAUAUUAGUAAAUCUGUGUGCAAAUUGAAAACUUUAUUUGACUGUGCUUGCAUACUUCUACAUUGUGUCAGUGCUCCAGAAUUACACAGAAAAACGGAGUAGCCUUCAUUGCCCAGGCAGAGUGAAAUACAAAACAAACAAAAGUACAGAUACACUUUAGUUUUGUAUCAGUGUUAUGGUAUUUGUGAUAGAUGAAAAUUUGUUUUAAUGUGUUGAGGGGAAAAAAAGUUAGCUGGUAUUUUCAAUUUUGACGAAUCUCUCAAAAGCAAAGGUCGUGUGUGGCUGAUAGUGGGGAGACUGAGCUUGCCUUUGUCUCCAUUAAUUAAAUGAGCCGCCAUUAAUCGUGGCAGGACAAGGAAUGUGAGGAACUUGGAGCUGGAAGUGUCCUGCCUCUGGCACAGUGUCAUACCCACGUGGCUUUGCUGCUUUCAUAUUGAAAAACUGGCAUAGUCUAUGCCUGUGGCUCCUGAUCUCUGCCCGGCACUCUUUUUGGCAAUAUAGUGGAUGCCCUUACUUGCCUUUUCUUUGUUUUUUUUUACAUCAGUGAUGUUCUUUGCAGCAGCCUAAAGAGUCAGAUGGAUUUCUGUGCUCUUGGUUGUUAGGUAUUUGAAAUUGUGUGCUGUGAGCUCCUAUGGGUUUUUAUUGUAUUGAGCAUCAGAAGACUGAAGACCCAGGUAACCCCUGUGAAGUAAAGAUGAUAAAAGGAAAACUGGGGCUGCAGUAACUAUUCAGGCAUGCUCAGUGUCUGCAACUUCUGUUAACUUUGGACACUGGAUUAUUGGCACUUCGAGAGGAAGUGACCAAGGAAGGUUCAUCUUUACAAAAGGCAGUGCUAAGUAACUGGUGUAUUUGUGAUAUUUUUCUAGCUCGGCAGUACAGGUGAAUAAACAAAGUUACAGGGAGUGGAAGUGCCAAGGGAUGUAUUUUCAAGUACAAUUAUUCCACAAAAUUAAUUGGCAAAAGAUAACUGUAGAAUCCAAUGUUUAGGAGGAUAUUACAGAAAAUGGGGAAUGGAAAGUAUUUAUAUUAUGAGGAAGUGAAAAAAUAAGCUGUGGAGAGACCUACUUGCUUUUGAGAAGGGCAAUUUUGUAUUGGUUGGACUACUUUGGUUUUGCAGUUCUUACCUCCAAAAUAAUUGGCUGAUUUUAGCAUCUUGCAAAGCAUAUGCCAUAGUUAAUUAUGAUUUGUGGUCACUUUGUCACAUUCACUUAAUUGACUUCUAAAUUAGAGCAGCCUUUUUUUACUGUAAAAGGCUUUAUGCACCUGAUUACUUUCAUAUAAAGUUCACAAGAAUGAAUAUUGUGAACACUGGUAGCAGAAAUAGGCCUUAAUGGAGGCAAAACGUUGUAUGCACCCCUAUUUUCUGUCCAAGCGUACCAGCUCAGCUCACGUUAAUGUUGAUAGCAGGAAAAAAGGGACAGAAGUUUAGUAAUGACUGUCUUAAAGUUCCAUUUGAUUGCAGGGUAUAGGCAAACUAAUCCAGCUUGGUAAGGAUCGUUGGAGGUUAUUCACUGCAGUGCUCCUUAAGAUCAUACCCGGGAGACAAACUAUUCUAACCUUUCAUCAUGAGGAUAGUGGUGGCCCAAAUACAUAGAGACAUUGAUUUGAACCCGGAUGCCUUUGUGCAGUAUUACUGACUUUCUUCUGACUGUCAAAGAAAGAAAAAUCAAUAAUGUCAGCACUAAACUGGAAGCCCUUUAUCUAUGGAGGUUUAGCAUCAAUCACUGCAGAAUGUGGUACUUUCCCCAUUGAUCUGACCAAAACACGUCUGCAGGUUCAAGGUCAAGUUAAUGAUGCCAAAUAUAAAGAGAUCCGCUACCGUGGAAUGGUGCAUGCACUAGUCAGAAUAUGCAGAGAAGAAGGAUUGAAAGCCUUAUACUCUGGGAUUGCACCUGCAAUGCUACGGCAAGCUUCAUAUGGAACUAUAAAAAUAGGCACUUACCAGAGCUUAAAAAGAAUGUUUGUUGAGCAUCCAGAAGAUGAAACCCUGAUGAUAAAUGUUCUGUGUGGCAUUCUUUCGGGAGUAAUUUCAUCAUCUAUUGCCAACCCUACAGAUGUCUUAAAGAUCAGAAUGCAAGCCCAAGGUAGUGUGAUUCAAGGAGGAAUGAUGGGCAACUUCAUACAGAUCUACCAAAAGGAAGGCACUAAAGGAUUGUGGAAGGGAGUAUCGUUGACAGCACAGAGAGCUGCUAUUGUUGUUGGAGUGGAACUGCCAGUGUAUGACCUUACCAAGAAGCACAUAAUUAUGUCUGGAUUUAUGGGAGAUACAGUAUAUACUCACUUUCUCUCAAGUUUUACUUGUGGCUUAGCUGGAGCCCUGGCAUCCAACCCAAUUGAUGUUGUGAGAACACGCAUGAUGAAUCAGAGAAGCCAACAACAUGGGGGACACUCAAACUACAAGGGUACUUUGGAUUGCUUGGUACAAACAUGGAAGAAUGAAGGCUUUUUUGCUCUAUAUAAAGGGUUUUGGCCAAAUUGGUUAAGACUUGGUCCUUGGAAUAUCAUUUUCUUUCUGACAUAUGAGCAGCUGAAGAAAUUAGACUUCUGACACGCUGAACUGUAUACUGAAUUCUGUUAAUGUGCUGUUUGAGUUUAGAGCAACUUGUAAGUUGUCUUGAGUAUUUGCUCUUUAUCGUCUGAGAUGCUGGCCAAAGGAAGGGGUCACUACAAGACUGUGAAUGAGAACAACCUGGAAGCAAUUUCAAGGCAAACCGGCUCCU